CACUUACAGACGCUCCUCUUUCAUUUUUGGCAAAGUUUAUCAAGUAGCCCAGCACUGUGUCCUUCUGCAAUAAUUGUCCGUGUGAAACAUUGGUUCUGUUGGAACCUUUUUUCUUUUUUUUUUCUUUUGUCCAGGCGCAGCUUCGAGGCAGAAAUUCUGCAUCGACCUAUUUUUGAAGUCCUCUACAGUAUUAUCCCUCUGCCUCUGCAAACCAUUACUGUACCUUUUUCCUCCAACAUUUUCAAGGAAAGCUCUACCAGGUUUUAUAUUAAUGUAUGUAUAUAUAUAUUUUUUCUUUUAGGAGCCACUGGAUCCCACUUCUGACAACACUGCAAUAAACCUUGCUCAAGUAGCAAGUAGAGAGCCCACAUGUAGUGACUUGCCGCAUGAUGUUUAAAAGAGGCAGAGGAGACAGAAAGAUGUAGUGAGGGAAGACAUGAGUGCGGCUGUAGUGGAGAGGAGGUUGCAGGAGAUACGCAUACGCAAGAAAAGGAUGAUACGCUGCGGUGACACCUGACGGUUACAGCUGAAAGGAAAAGUAUUUGACCCGCAACACAGUACAAGGGCCAACUUCAAAAUGGUGUGUCCUCUUCGUGUUUGUCCUCUUCGUGGACACCCUCAGUGCACCGUGACGUCUGGUGGCGGCGUAAUCCGGUGGCCUGAUUAGCUUUGCGGCAUUGGCAAGAGGCAGCACAGAUGGGGCCAUGCAAUUAGCCGGGCUGGGGGCGCAUCCACGGAGGAGCUCGCCCCGGAGAUGCGCGCAAACAUUUCAACUGGAAAGCGGCAUUAUGACUGUGUUAUUUUUCAUCUAAUCCAGGAGUGUCCAAACUCAGUUAUUUCGUAACCGGCGGCAUACACGAAAAUGAGCAAUCGACACAGUCCACGUCAUUUGCCCGCAUUGUACGACUUAUUGGGUUGCAAGUCGGGAGAAGAGAAAAAGAGGGAAUUCAUUCCUUGUUUUCCACCAAUGGCACAUCAUUCGCUCGAGAUGUGAUUCUGCAGAGGCUGAUCUAUUCGAAUGGGAUACAGGGCUGUUGACGAUCCCAAAAUCCUGAACAAUCCUUGACUUUUUGCUUUUUGGUAUUUUUUUUUGGAACAAAUAUAGAUCAUCUAUAUCAUUGACUGAAGUGUGGUAGUGGUUUGCAGGUUUCCUCUAGUGGGACGUGAAGAUUCACUGCCUAAGUACAAUUCAUUUUUAUUUAACUUGUAAAUUCAAUGUAUUUGCAUUUCAUCUUUAGGAAUGGUUUGUUUUUAAACAUUAUUCAGGCCCUUUUUUUUUUUACUGUUAUGGGAAUUCCAUUUUAAUUGAAUGAUUAUUCAAUUACAAGUCUGUUAAUUUUCCUAAUGUUAGUGGAGUAUUAAUGUUCAAACUACAGUGGAUUGCAAUAAUAUCUGUCUUGUUUUUGAUGAACACUUAGGCCUACCAUGCUACUGAAUGUAAAUGUUGGUCGUGAUGGUGGUACCUGGAGAGCCACGUGGUUUUUUAGGCGGCACUUUGUGUAAAACGUUUGAAAACCACUUAGUUAUAUAUAAAAAAACAUCAAUAUUUGCGUAUCUUUAUCAAUGCUAAUGGAUCAGUUUUAGUGUGUUAAAGAAAUUACAGCUGAAGAAUGUCAAAGUGGCCCUUGUAUUGCUGGAUUUGUAUGUGUGGCUGUAGGACAAAGCAAGUUUGGGCACCCCUGAUCUAAUUUGUAAAAAAAAAAAAAAAAGUGAGAAAUGUACCAGCAAAGUUCGUAUACGGUGCUGGUUCUGGCGCUCCUGUGCGCCCCCUCGCAGGCCAACGUCUCCAACCUGACGCUCUCCGUCCCGGAGGGGCUCCCCGCUCACACCGUGGUCGGCGACCUGGCGACCGGCCUGAGCCGGCCGACUCUCGGCUUCUUCAUCUCCGAGAGCCGCGACUCGCACGUAUUCCGCGAUCUGGAGAUCGACCCCGACACCGGGAUCAUCUCCACAGCGACGGUUCUCGAUCGAGAGACCCGUGGGAGCUACGACUUUGUGGCGGCCACGCUGGCGGGGGAGGUGGUCGGAGUGCGCAUAAACGUGGAGGACAUCAAUGACAAUUCGCCGGCGUUCCCCUCGGAGGACGUGGACCUAAGGGUAUCCGAGUUGAGCCCGCCCGGUAGCCGCUUCCAACUAGAAGGAGCUCGGGACCAGGAUGAGGGGGAGUUUGGCACCCAGGGAUACCGGAUCCGAGAGGGCCACAUGGGGGAGCUCUUCCGGCUGGAGCAGCACAGUGCCAGAAACCACCUUAGCCUGGAUCUCUUUCUGGCCCAGAGAUUGGACAGAGAAGCUCAGGACUUUUACACUCUAACCGUGGAGGCCUUCGACGGCGGCAUCCCCGCCCGAAUAGGGAUUCUGCGGGUCAACAUCUGGGUCCUGGAUGAGAAUGACAACCCGCCUGUGUUCAACCGGACCGAGUAUCAAGCGUCCGUAGCGGAAAAUGCUCCGGUCGGGUCUUCUGUAUGCCGAGUUCACGCCACGGACAGGGACCAAGGCGACAACGCCAGGGUCAGCUACGAGAUCAACCGGCGACAAAGCAACCCCGACGAUUUCUUCUCUGUCGACGAGACCACCGGCAUGGUUUUUCUCAACAAGCCACUGGAUUUUGAAGCACAGGCUUUCCACGAGUUGAUCGUCACAGCCAGAGAUAACGGAGUGCAGCCAGAGUCCAGCAGCACCCUGGUGGUUGUGAAAGUCCUGAACGUCAACGACAACAGCCCCGCUAUUAGCGUGCUAUUCCUCAGUGAGAGUGGAGACGCCCUGGUCUCCGAGGCUGCUGAGAUCGGAGACUAUGUGGCCCGGAUUUCCGUGUCAGACCCGGAUGGCCAAAAGGAGAUCGUGUCAGUCCGCCUCGAGGGCGGCGACGGCAAGUUCACCCUCCAGCAAACGGAAGACUUCCUUUAUGCGCUGUGCGUCUGUGCCCAGCUUGACAGGGAAGAGAAGGAUCUUUACAAGUUGAGGGUCCUAGCAUCGGAUCUCGGGAGCCCCCCUUUAGGCAGCGAGGCGGUGCUUCUCGUGAAGGUGUCCGACGCCAACGAUUGGGCCCCAGUCUUUAAUAAAGACAUGUUUGUGAUCCGCGUCUCCGAAGAUGCCCCCGAGGGCACUUCAGUCGUCCGGCUGGAGGCCCAGGACUCGGACCAGGGAGUCAACGCUGAUAUUACUUACUCAGUCCUCAAGUCCAACUGGGAUUGCCCGGUCAGCGUGGAUGCAGAGUCUGGCCUGGUCAUCACAACCGGAGACCUAGACCGGGAGAGGCAGCCGGAGGUGUGUUUGUUCCUGGUGGUCGCGGAAGACCGAGGGGAACCGGCCAGGUCGACCACCGCCACCGUCACCCUGGUGUUGGAUGACGUCAAUGACAACGAGCCAGUGUUCCAGCAGAAACUCUACAAUGCCAACGUGACAGAACAUAGUAGCCCUGGAACCUGUUUUUUACAAGUUGUGGCCAACGACGCCGAUGGUCCAGAGUUUAGUGUUCUGGUCUACUCCCUGCCUGAUAACUUUGAGGAGUCAGAUCAGGACCAGAACCUGUUCUACAUCAACUCGCAGACUGGAGAGCUGUGCGUCUCUAAGGACAUCGAUAGGGACGCCGGACAGACUGUCCACGACAUCCUGGUCAGGGCGGAGGAUCCGGGAGGCCUCAGUGCGCACACGUACGUGCACAUCGAGAUCCAAGACCUCAACGACAACGCGCCGGUGUUCAACCCCGAGCGUUACGCCACCAGCAUCGGCGGUCACGCGCCGCCCGGCACGGAGAUCCUCGGAGCGGUCGCCACCGAUGCCGACGCGGGUCGCUUCGGUCGCGUCACCUACCACAUCCUGCCCGGCGACCUGUCAGCUCUGUUUGCCCUCGAUAAACAAACAGGACUGCUGUACCUCACGUCCUCUCUGACCCACCUCGGCGCCGCCAGCAUCAGGCUGGCCAUCGCCGCGCAGGACGGCGGGGGCGUGUCAUCGGCACGACCGGCCCAGGUGACCGUUCACGUCCUGGCAAGCACCCACGCUCCGGCCGUGUUCCACACGGCACGUUACGCCUUCACCGUACCAGAGGACGCCCCACCGGGCACCAGCGUGGGCAUCGUGCGUGCCACCAACCCAUCGGACUCAGCAGAAUCCGUAUCCUACCGCAUCUCAUCCGGUGACCCACGGGGUCUGUUCGCCGUGGACACCAAGUCGGGCCUGAUCAGCACAGUGCACCCUCUGGACCACGAGAGUCUACCGUACGCCCUGCUCUUCCUCCAGGCCUACGCCCAGUCCUCCCCAGUGUAUGGCGGCACAUGGGUCAACAUCACCGUUGCCGACGUCAACGACGCGGCACCCGUCUUCCACAGAGACCAGGACGCCGUCUUCGUGUCAGAAAACGCCAGGUCGGGAACCACGGUCUACAUCGCCCACGCCCACGACGAUGACAGUGACGCCAACGCGCGGGUGACCUAUCACUUGAGAGGUAGUCGCUACAGUGGGGUCUUCACAGUGGACCCAAAUCUCGGAACGGUGACGCUAAACCAAAGCCUGACGGCAGAGCCGCAGGAAAGCCCGAUUCUGUUGGAAAUCACGGCCGAAGACGGUGGCGAUCCCCCACGCAGUGCUACCCUGGCGCUCACUGUCAACGUGGACAAGGCCUCUCUGGGUGACGGCCUGGCCUUCGAGACACUGGUCUACCGGGUGGAGAUAGACGAGGCCUACCACAGGGACUCUAGGAUGAUCCAGGUCAGCGCCCACCGCAUCCACGAGGCCUCCUCCAAGACUGCCGCCCUGGUUUACUCCCUGGAAGGGGAAGCGGGCUUCCCUCCGGUUCCCUUUCGGAUCCAUCCAAGAACCGGUUGGUUGUACCUCUCUGACAAUUUGGACUACGAGCGGGAAUCGGCCUAUCGCUUCAGAGCGGUCGCCACGGCGGGCGAGGCCAACGCGACGGCUGCGGUGGUGGUUCUGGUGCUGGACGUCAAUGACAACUCGCCGGUUUUCAGCAGGGCCACGUACUACUUGGUCCUGCCGGAGGGGCCGUCGCCACGGGGUCAGGUGGGACAGGUCACGGCCACUGACCGGGACUCUGGGAAAAAUGCACAGCUGUCGUACAUCCUGCUCUCGGAUGGGAAGUUCUUCCGCAUCAAUUCCGAAACGGGCGAGAUCGUCAACUGGGUGGAGUUGGAUAGGGAACAGCAGAGCCAGCACACCCUGGAGGUAAUGGUUGCCGACCGGGGCAACCCACGACGCAACGCCACUGCCAGCGUCCACAUCCUGGUCACUGACGUCAACGACAACGCGCCACAGUUCAGGCACCUGCCGGCUAGCAAAGAACGCAAUCUCCAGAUAUCUUCCGGAUUACCAACAGGAUCCUUUGUAACAAAUGUAUUUGCCAAAGAUUUGGAUGUGGGAGAAAAUGGAACAGUCACUUUCACAUUGCUGACUGUCGGCGCAGAAGGUCAACGUUUGAGACAUUUCGAGAUUGACGGAAAGAGCGCAGACAUCAGGACAACGUCGCUGUUCAAGCGGAGCGUCGAAACAAUUUAUAUCCUCAAAGUGACGGCCAGGGACGGCGGAUCACCGCCCCUCGAGAACACUGCACUCGUUCACGUGCAGGUAUAUGGCUCAGAGGCCCAGUCCGGACAAGCCUCCCCACCAGUCGCAAGAUGUCUGUGGGUCAGAGAAGACGCUUCUCUGGGCACCGUGAUUGGUUCUGUUCGCAUUGUGUCUACUGGAAAGAAAGUGGGCUACUCCAUCACGGAGGACGACAAAGACUCCCACUUCGGUGUCAACUCCCAGUCGGGCGACAUCUACAUCCACCGGUCUCUGGACUACGAGGAGGCUGCCCAAUACUCGCUUACUGCAUUCGCCGAGGACAACGCUGGUGGGAACAUAACAAUGAGGGUAUUUGUGACGGUAGAGGAUGUGAACGACCACCCACCGUGGUUCCCCGACAAAAUGGUAGUCUUCGCGUUGAGGGAGGACGCCGCCCUCGGAUCCCUGGCGUUUGCUUUUGGUGCUAGAGACGGGGACGGGACAUACCCCAACAGCGCCUUGCGGUACUCCCUCACCUCGCCCCCGGGAUUCCCCUUCCACAUGAACCCUCGGACCGGUAGAUUGACCGUGGCUGCAUCCCCGGACCGGGAGGCGAGCCCCGCCUACACCUUCACCGUAACCGCCAGUGACCAAGCCGAGAAGCGGGUAGAGCGUAGGCACGUGUCGGUGACGGCGAGGGUCUUUUUGCUGGACGUCAACGAUAAUCCUCCUGCGUUUGAGUCGGCGGAUGUGGCGCGGGUGGCAGAAGACGCGGCAGAAGGGAGUUUAGUCCACCAUUUUUUGGCAGCGGAUGCAGACGAGCAGGAAAACGGGACGGUGUCCUACGUCAUCCUGGCAGGAAACCAGAAAGGGUUGUUCACUCUGGACGAGAAAUCAGGCCUCUUGUGGCUCUCAGCGCCGCUGGACUUCGAGACAGCACGUUUCCACCGGCUGAGCGUGGGCGCGGUAGACGCCGGCCUGCCUCCGCUGUCAUCCAGUCAGACGCUGACGGUAGAGGUGGUCGAUGUCAACGACCGUCCACCUGUCUUCAGUCAGGACGUCUACACUGCCAGGGUAGCAGAGAACAGGGAGCCCGGAGAGUUGGUGGUCCAAGUGUCCGCCGCCGAUGAGGAUUCAGAGGAGAACGCUGUGGUGUGGUACUGUCUGUUACCGGGUCCUGGCUUUGAGCUCUUCAGCAUCAACCCUUACACCGGCCUGAUCACCACAUCGGCUUUCCUGGACCGAGAGCAGCAGCCGCAGUUUACUCUGCGAGUCCAGGCCCGUGACAGCGGCCCGCGGCCCCUUUCGAGCAUCACCACGGUGUUGUGUUCGGUGCUGGACGAUAACGACAACCCGCCAGGCUUCUCACAGUCGUCCAUCCAGAUCAGUCUUCUGGAAAACCUGCCACCCGGUGUCCUGCACACCGCCCAGGCUUCCGACCCAGACGUUGGCGAGAACGGCACCGUUCGCUACUCCAUCCUCGGCGAGGACCACGGUGUUUUCGCUAUCGACCGCUACUCAGGGGCCAUCAAGACCCUUCAGAUUCUGAACCGCGAGGACCAUCAGAUCUACAUACUGACCAUCCAAGCCCAUGACGGUGGCCCCGCCCAGCUCAGCUCCACCACCCAGCUACAACUGCUUCUCCUGGACCAGAACGACAACGCCCCAGCCUUCACCCGAGACAGCUACCAUGCCUCCAUCAGUGAGGAUCUACCAGCCGGGGCAGUGGUCCUUAGCGUCACCGCCCUGGACCCCGAUCACGGGACCAACGGGGACGUUAUGUACUCGCUGAUGGACGACGGCAGCCGGGGUGCCUUUUCUGUCGAUCCCUCCACCGGUGCAAUCCUAACAACCAGGAACCUGGACCGGGAAACCAGGGCCCAGUUCUCCCUCAAGGUGCUGGCGACAGACUGCGGAAAUGAAGGCCCAUUGAGCUCAGUAGCAUCCGUGAUUGUCCUGGUAGAUGACGUCAACGACAAUGCUCCCGUCUGCGAGAACAGUCCCGUCAAUGCAAUAGUCUCCACCGAGACGCUUCCGAACCGAGUGGUCGCCACGGUGAAGGCGAGAGACGCCGACCGGGGCCCCAACGGGACUAUACGUUUUUUCCUGCCUGAAAACGACGAGAACCUCUUUGACAUCAACGAAGAGACGGGGGAAAUCUCAAUGAGGCGGCGGGUGAGAUCGGGGUUCUCCGGCAGGAAGUUGUGGGUGGCAGUAUCGGAUCAGGGAAAUCCUGCGCAGACUUCCAGCUGCCUGGUGUUUGUCCACCUCAAAGGCGAAAUCGAAGACUUGCAUUUCACAAACAAGGUCUACAACUCUACCAUCGUGGAAAACAGCAAGGCGGGAACGUGGAUUGCGACGGUUGAUGCCCGCCAACAAUUAGAUGGCCAAUCUGAAAGGAUCUCAUAUGCCAUAUUCUCCAGGGACAUUUUUUCCAUUGAUUCCCACACAGGUGAGAUUCGAGUACAGAAGGACAACGCAUUGGACUUUGAAACGAGCCCCCGAGUGGAGCUGACGGUCCUGGCGGAGAAUGGGCGGCAGACGGCCCACUGCAGGGUGGAUGUCACCCUGCGGGACGACAACGAUAAUGCCCCCGUCUUUGAACGUGAUGCCUACCGGACCGCCGUGUGGGAGGGUCAAGUGAGCAACACCUACAUCAAGCAGGUUUUCGCCUACGAUGCCGACAGCGGGACAAACGGGCAAAUCGAGUUUUCCAUCAUCUCCGGGAACCAUAACGGCGCUUUCAUCCUGGACUCAGUUCGCGGGAUCCUCGCCACCAACGCGAUGUUGGAUCGCGAGAUCACAUCUUCUUACAAGCUGGUGGUGCAGGCGUCAGACAAGGGGAACCCUCCACUCAGCAGUACGGCCAUCAUCUGGCUCCAAGUGGUGGAUGUCAAUGACAACAGUCCCGCCAUCCCCCCCAUGGAGUCUGUGCUCAUAUCCGAGAAUCUACCUGCGGGGUACGUUGUGACGCAGUUGACGGCAAAUGACGUGGACCUCAGCCAGGCCAUCACCUACAGCUUUGCGGGCAAUGCCGCCGUCGAAGGUGCCUUCGCUGUGGACCGUUACACAGGUGCGGUCACACUGACCCGAGCUUUGGAUUUUGAGGAAGAGGCCGAGCUCACGCUGACCAUCUGGGCAUCGGACUCCCUCCACCAGACCUCUGGAGAUUUGAAAGUCCAGGUGUUGGAUGUCAAUGACCACAGCCCCGUCUUCAACCAGGUCUCAUACCAGGUGGAGUUGUCCGAACUGGCUCAGGCGGACACAUUUGUCAUGAAUGUGUCUGCCACCGACAAAGACUCUGGACUCAAUGGCAAGAUCACCUACAGGCUGCUCUCAUCUCUUUUACAAGGCUUCUACGUCCAAGCGCACUCUGGAUCAAUUUACACCAAUAAACCCAUCAAGGCCACCGCGGACAGCAACCCCAUACGUCUUCUCAUUGAGGCCCAAGACGGAGGAGAUCCUGUCCUCUCUACUGUUACCUCAGUUGACGUGCUAAUCCUGGACACCAACGACCACACGCCACUCUUCAGCCAGGACAUCUACACCGUCACCGUCUCAGAGGAUGCACCGUUUGCUACCACGCUCCUGACCCUCUUCGCGUCCGACCAAGACUGGAGCUCCGAAAACACACAUCUGGACUAUGCCCUUGUUGCAGGAAAUGAGGAGAGGCGUUUCUGUUUAGAAGUCAAAUCAACACAGGUGGAGAAUCGGAUGAAAAAUGUCGGCCAGCUGGUAAUAUGUGGCCCGCUGGACCGCGAGACCGUAGAGAGCUACGCGCUCACAGUGAGUGUUUCUGAUCGAGGGAUGCCACGUCUAAACAGCUCAGUUGUUGUCACGGUGACUGUAUUGGACUGUAAUGACAACGCGCCGUUUUUUGCGAGUACAGAGUAUCACGUUCAAGUUAGCGAAAACAGCCACGUGGGCACCAGCCUGGCUCAGGUCAAUGCGAGUGAUCCCGAUCUGGGAGGCAACGGUCUGCUGCACUACGACAUCAUCUCUGGGAACAGUGGAGGACACCUCAAGCUGGAUCCUGAGUCUGGAGUUCUGGUGGUCAACACCUCCUUAGACUACGAGGAAGACUCAGAAUACACCCUCACCAUCCGAGUGUCUGAUAGCAGCGAGUCUCCGGGUGAUCGGAAAGUGGCGUUCACCAUGGUUUUUAUCAUGGUGUUGGACGAGAACGACAACAGUCCCUACUUCCUGUUCCCUACGUUUAACUGCUCCGUGCUGGAGAACCUCCCGGCAUUCACCCAUGUCUGCUCCAUCCGGGGUGUCGACAAAGACAUGGGCGUCUAUGGACAACUUACCUACUCCGUCUUGUCCUCCUGUUUCGCGGAUUUUGACGGGGUAGAGAGGAAAGAGUCCCCCUUGGCCGUGGACCCCCGCACUGGUGACAUUCGCACCAGGCAGACGUUGGACUAUGAACAUGAGAGCAAAUAUUGCUUGGUUGUGGAAGCUCAGGACAAAGGUGCAAAGGCGGCGACAGUCCGAGUGCACAUUUUUGUCAAAGGAGUGGAUGAGUUCAGCCCCAUCUUCACCAAGAAGCAGUACCACUUCCUCCUUCCAGGAGACGCCAAGCCCGGGGACACCGUCGGCUUUGUGAUGGCACUAGACCAGGACGUAGGCGUGGAUGGUAUCGUGGAGUACUCCCUCCUGGACCCACCGCCAUUCUUCUCUAUCAACAAAACCGUCGGAGCCAUCUAUGCGUCGCGACCCAUGUUCCGCAGACGGAGCAAUGAGGGCGUGCUAGAGCUGUCCGUGUCCGCCAGGAGUCCCCGACAGGGGUCCAGGAGAACUUCCUGUCAGGUUUUUGUCAAUGUCUCCAGCUCAGCCGAGGAGCACAUCAGGCUGCCUCUCAACGGCCACAUGCUCAGUCUGAGCAUCUCAUUUGCCAUAGUUCUGCUCUUCCUUAUUGUCUUUGUUGGGCUGGUGCUCAGAUUCAAAGUCAAAGAGGCCGCCCUCAAAAAGAUGGAAACCAACCUGAAGCAACCAGACUCUGCCUUCUCUCUGCAGGGCAUGAAACCUGGCAUCUUAAUGAAAAACUGUGGUAUGAAACCUAGAAUCUUAAUGAAAAACUGCGAUGCGUCCAACUGCCACACGCCGCCCACCUGGAGCGGCCGCGGCUCGGCGGAAGGCGAGACGGCUGAGGAUCAGGAAAUCAAGUGGAUCAACGAGUACCCCUGCCAUGAACAAGCCGAGAACCGGACCUUGGAAAACCCGGAUGGGGAUGCCGCGUCCUGUCGCUCUGUGGAUGUGGGGCUAGGACAGUUUUUAUCAGUCGGUAUGUGUUUGGUGUCGGAGAUGGCCAGCGCGGAAAGUCUGCACCACUUCAAAGAGGAAGGAGGAGGCAAGAGUCUACUUGUAAGAAUUAGAGAAAGGGAUUUAGACGGGAAAUCUGCAGAUUCUCUGUCUUUUCUGGAGCGUCUGGAUGGGGGCUACACAUGGGACUACCUGCUGGACUGGGAGCCAUGCUUCCAGACCCUGGCGUCGGUCUUCACGGACAUCGGGAUGCUGCCGGACCAGGAGCUCCAAGGGGGCCGCGAGGACCCGCCGCACCCGCCUCCACUCAUAACAUCCGUGGCCCGGCCGGGGUUGCAGACCGUGCCACCCUGCAAACCCUCUCGGGCACCCAGCCUGAGGCGGCGGCCCUCCUACCCCAGGUACGCCUACUCCCCCUUGACUAGGAACACGGGACUCACGCCGACAGCCAUGACGCCCACAUUCUCCCAGUCACUGUCAUCGCUCACUAUCUCUCCGGUCGUAACUGACGCCGGGGUGGGGGGUAUCAGACUGGACUCUGGGCCCCUCACCGCAAGCCUGCUAGAGGCAGAAAUCCAAGUAUGAACAAGACUUUAGCUUUAGUGCAUUCAGUUUGUAAAACAUAGCUUUCCCAGAAAUAUGGAGGGUGAUUCACAAUGGCCCUUCUAUUUGUCAUUCUCCGUGAAGGAAGAAGUCUGCUAUCUAACAAAGACAAAUGACUUUUUUGGUUUUGUUUUUGUCAUCUACUGAGUGUCAUCAUCAAAUCAUGGAUUAAAACAACAACAAAAUACUUUUACGUAUGAAUGUAUAGGUGUAAACAACCUUAAAGUCUUCUUUUUUUCACUUUGAUCACCAUAUCAUACUUCAUACUUACAAUCCCGACAUACAGAAGGAAGUUCAUCUCAAGAUUGAUUACCACACUCCUGAAGGAAAUCAAACUUCCAAUAUUCCCCACUCUUUUUUUAAUUACGCUUUUAAAUGAAGGGCCAAUAUAUUAUGACGCAACAUUUAAUUGCUUGUUUCGUAUGAACUUAAAAAGUUUGUUCACGUGGUUGUUGGUUUUAGAAAUAUCAAGGGUUGCGUUAAAGUUAGUAACCGAAGCAACCUUGUUCUGUGGUAUCAUUAAUUCAUUAAAAAAACAUGACAAAAUUA